AUGUAAAAGAAGAAGCAAAGUAAUCUUCACUUACGUAUCAAGCCUGUGUCAAAUUGAGUACUCACAGUUUGUUUAUUCGCCUUACAUUAUGGACCCAAUAAGAUUUCUAACUUUGCUUUUAGCGACCAUACUGUUAGUGUCAACUGCCUUUUCAGCCCCAUGGGGAGGAUGGGGUGGUGGCGGUGGUAAAGUAAUAAUAGUUAAAAAAAUUGGCUAUGGAAGUGGCGGUUGGGGCAACAGAUAUUACGGAGGACAUAGCGGGUAUAGUGGCGGAUAUGGUAAAGGGUACGGAGGAGGAUAUGGAGGAGGAUAUGGAGGCGGAUAUGGAGGGGGAUAUGGAGGCGGGUAUGGCGGUGGGUAUGGUGGUGGAUACGGUGGUGGGUACGGUGGUGGGUUUGGAGGAGGAUUUGGAUUUGGCGGAGGUCAUGGAGGUGGAUGGGGCAAGUAAAGAUGGAUAAAAGAAAAAUUAGUGAAAAAAUUUUAGUGUUAAAAGUUACACCAUUUGUACCUAAUUGUUUUCCGAGCAGUAUUUAUUUAAUUUUUGUACAUUUUCUUUAAAUAAAGUUGUAUACUAUAA